GCAAACUAGAUGUGAAAAGCUUGAUCCAGAAAUGGCUGCUGCUGAUCAAGAUUCCCGCAGCAGGACCAGUAGCGACUUUGUGGAUGACACAAUUCUCGAGGCCUUUGUCCCAGCUGCAUCUCAAGUCAACGUUCAGGAGCUUCUCGAGACGUGGGAUGGGGAGAUUUUAGAAGACAAGAACACUAUCGUGCCAUUUAUUGAGCAGAGGCAGUUUCUUCUUCUAGAUGAAGAAGUGCCUGUCCAUGUGGUGUUACGAACGAGGCUCCUCGAUGAAAAAACUCUGGAGGCGUUUCUCGCUCGCCUGGCUAUAACGCUCGAAGCGCGAGCCUAUGGUACUCUCCACGUCAAGCCAGGAGAGAACGAGAAGCCAUCGCCUGUGAACGAGCUCCUCUUUCAAGGCGCCAUUGAUCAAGGUGAAGAGCCAACGAUAUGUGCUACGGAAGUACAGCGCGAAGGUCACGAGGGCCCAAUCCAGUAUCUUUAUAUAUUCUGGAAGAUUACGGUUCCUAUAUCUCGACCAAAAUCAAAAAUCAAUAAACUCUCCGUGUACUUUACGCCCAUCGCAUCGCUUAAGCCUGUCGAGAACACGAAGCUUGUGGCUGUGGACGAUGAAUACCUAACAAGCGGAGUGCUGCAACCUAUCAACCUGCUUGCUCCGCUGGCAGGCGAUCCCGCGUUGAAGGGCGUAAAGCCAAAACUGCUGAUAUCAGGCAUGUACCGAAACCCGACGACUCCUGCGGUCAGCGAACUUCAAAGAAAAUUGCGAAGCGGCUCUAGAAGGUUGUUCCGUUCAGCGCCGGCAUUCUUGUGGAGGCUGAGGUUUACAAAUUCCCCAGCGAUUACGGAGCGAAGAGCCACCAUUGUGUCGCUGGAUCUGGAAAUCACACCCUUCGCUGGAAGCGAUGUAUGUCUCGAGCAUGUGCGGCUCGACCUGCAGAAAGGCAAGGUCGAAACGAUGUGUUCACCUCUUCCUAUGCAAUGCAAGCCUGGCGAUCAGGUCACUCUACUAUACAAACUCUGGCCAGGCAGCAAGGAGGAUCUCUCUUCGUUAGGGGGAAACCUACCUACUCUCAAUGUCGAGAUCGCUGGGACAGUCCUUGUGUCCGAGAUGUGCAUUCCAAAGAUAAGAUUCACUUGGGCCACUCCAAUCGAACUGCCCUCCACGCGGCCAAGCUCACGAGCGGGUGCAAAUAGAGAUCCUCCAAAACCCCUAGGACCAGAUUCCUUCGUAACUCCCCCAGAGCAAUAUACAGCAAACGACACGACAGCAAUUACAAAUGGCGUAGUCAUCUCAAUCACUGGUCCACCUAAAGUCACUGUUGGCAAGCACUUCACGUGGGAAUUGUUCGUAAUAAAUCGGUCCGAGAAAAUGCAACGGCUUGCAUUCACAGCUGUGCCGAAGCGAAGACCUUGGGCAAAGCAUAGGCAGAAGGACUCCGGGUCAUCUAUUCAAACUAGCGAGCAGCCUGAUUCGUCUACGAAAAAAUCUUUAGCGGAGCCGGUACUCGAUGAACGGCUUAUCUAUAUUGAACAGCGCAAUGCAGUGCAGGAACCUACGUCGCUGAUAUGCUUGAGUCCAGAUGUGCGUACAGGACCUUUGGCACCUGGUGCUUGUUUCAUGACAGAGAUGAAGUUUGUGGCUCUUGCAGUCGGAGUGCUCAACUUGGAAGCAUUGCGUGUUGUGAAUCUAACCUCCCAGACACAGGAUACAGUGGACGUGCGGGAUUUACCAGAUAUAUACGUCGUGGAGUGAGGACUGCUCGAAGGGUGAGAGUAGGAAGUCAUAGUUGCGACGGUUGACAAGGCCGCAGUGAUGAAGACUAGAGACCUUUCAGAGAUACCUCGUAUGAUUAGAAUACUAAACACAUAAUUUGUCAAAGGAGAAUACAUUCCCUCA